UCAGAUCUCUCUGCAGACUACAGUUGAUGCAGUUUUGCUGGAGGAGCUUGAAGUUGUAGGUGAUGAGGACAGGUCUUGAGAGCAUCACUCCGCUGGAAGCAAACUUACGCUCUCAAAAAUGCAAAAGAUGAAGAUGAGUGCUUGCUGGAUGUUCGUGAUCCUCCUGGGCUGCAGGUUGUUGCAUGCAUCUCAGUCUCCGAGUGCCAAUAACUGCCCAUACACGCCGGAACCUGUCUGUAUACCUGACAAACACAAUGCGACCAUACCUUGCCCGAACAUGACUGGGGGUGAAGACUUGCGAUUUAGCCUUUUUAAGAAUGAAAAAGCAAUUCAUAAUCAUACAUGCAGCAAUCCAAAAAACACUUCAUACUGUAAAUCAAACACCAGCAUGGUUGAUAUAGACAGAUUCAGAUUCAGAUUCAGAACCGCUCAGCUAAAUGAAUCGUCCGCUUUCAUCCUCACUGGAGUGACUGCUGAAAACUAUGGUAUCUACAGAUGUGAGGGCAUAUCCACGUACCCUCCUCCUUAUACACAGAAGCCAUCUCCUAAGAGGAUCCUGGUGCUUGCAGAUGGACACCAAUGCAAGUUCAAACCUAAACCACCAUGUGAAAUCAAACAUGUAAUCCCGGGACUUGAUUGGAUUUGGAUUUCUGUGAUUGUAGUUAUCAGCAUCUACAGCAUAGUCGUCACCAUCAUCGCUGUGCUCAACUAUAUCAAGCUGCGGCAUUCAGACUCCCAGAGUGACUACAUGAACACCAAACCCAGAGCACCCAAGGAUCGCAAGAGGAAGAGAGGCUUAGAGAAUCCUAUACCACGACACUUUUGAUCAGCUGUCCAUCACCUGACCCUUUGCACAGUUAUCCCCAAUCAGUUGUCUGCAUAGAAACAGAAGGGGGUGUCCUCGUAGUAGCUUUCUCUGACCAGAACAUUAUAUAUGAGUGAGGUUUGUUUUGUUUAGUGUGUCUUGUUUUAAUCGGCAUAGUUGUUUUGUGUCUACAAAGCAAAAGUAGCAGGUCCUUUUUUUCUUUUUCUUUUUUUUAACAGAUGUGGUUGUAUGAAAACAGUAAAAAUAACUUACCCAACAUCGGUUUUGCUCACUUCCUGUCUCACUCACUGACUGACUCUGCCUA